AUUCACUACGGCCUCGCCCUUCGACGUUGUACCAGAUUAUGAUACGAGUAUGUCGAGCAGAGGACGGUCAAACUUUCAACAUUAAAGGAACGUUGCGAGAUAUCGAACGACAUGGAAGUCUAGAGCUAUUCAUACAACAAGAGACCGGAAUCGAGGCAGAUGCAGUACUUGCAUAUCUCACAGAUGGCAGAAGGUUGACCAAUGCGAACCGCAGAGAGUUUGCCGGCUCACAAGACCAGUCCAUCUUCGUCUUCAACAAGUACUAUCUCGAAUACGAACUUGAAGAUGUUAUCCGAGAGUUGACCAUUGAGACUCCAUUACAACCGCCAAUUGAGGAAAGUAUCGCAGCUACACCACCUUUCCGUCCAACUCAACUUGCAACAUCUUACCUUCGCGCGGCACAAACCCAUCUCGACCAUAUCAAACACAUCGCACUCACUUUACGAACUCAACAUGAAGCCAUACGAAUAGCAUCGAGUGGUCUCGAUAUGAACGUCUUGGUGGUUUUAGAUACGUUUGAGUCUCUAGGGUCAGGCUUGCGGAACGAGUUGCAGAAACAGGCAUCCCUGUUAGCAGGAUUAGAGACCGACUUGGAACUCAUUUCCAAAGUGCGAGUGCACACAAACUUUGUAUCACCCACCGCUCGGAAAGCGAUUGAAGCAGGGGAGAAACAUAGAACUUUAGGCGAUUACGUGGCCAAUGAUAAAAUGAAGCAGGUGGCGGAGACAUGUUCGAGGACUCACGAGGACCUCCAAACUAGGUUCGAUACCAUGGAACAGAAAAUAUCGAAACUGCGCGAAAGCUGCGAUGCGGUCCGGGCUAGUGUUUCCUCACCCCAAAUCUCGGACGAAAGUGACGCACAUCUACGGUUGUCCCAUGAGAUCGUCGAUAACAUUGCCAAUGCUGCCGGUGCUUUAGAAAAUCCUAAGGCUGAAGCAGAACACCUACUACAAGAUCUCAGACGCCUUGACGCCAAUUUGCGUAGCGAACUGCAGUUCAUCUGUGACUUGAAAAACGCCAACACACGUCAAUGUAGAAUAACGCUUCGACAUAUCACUAUCAUCAACAACGACCUAGUUCAGAUCGCUCCAGAACUCACAGCUCUCCAAGCCAGCUUCAGAGGGAAGAAUAGUUUCUCUCACAUCCAACGUCUCCAUAAUAUGAUAUACGCCUAUGGCGCCACCGUCAUCGAGAUUGUUCGGCGAAAAGAAUUUUCCCAAUUUUUCUUUCAUCGUGCUCAAAGUAUACUCGAAGUCAUGGCGAAACUUUCGUCGAGUGAACGCAAACGUCGACAAGUCUACCGGAGCGAGAUCCAUGGACAAUUGCCUUUCGAAACGAAGGGAAUGGAUGAUCCUGUACCAACCAUAGACUUCUCACCAUCUGGUGGAACAUCAGAUCAGACGUACUCCUUAGAAAGGGAGGAUGUUGAUGGCCUACUUCAUGUUCUUGAAGAUCUCGAACAAGCAUCGAAGUCUCGCGAUGACGCGGCAGCCCUGAGCGCUGUUCGAGAAUGUAGGACUGGACUUGAGAAGUUGGUGGCAAAGAUGGAUGGAUUGGAAGCUGGGUUUGAUAAAAUUGCAGAGCGGUCUUUGCUAUCUGCGUCCCGCCUUUCAGGUUCACGUCGACGAUCUAUGGAAGCGGAAGAACAGAUCUACCAUGAACUCGUAGAUCGGGUCCGUACAGCAGAGGAGGCGAAAGUACAACAAGAAACAUUCUUCCAAGAAGAGCGUACACUACUUCAAAGCCAACUCCACCGCCUUCAAGCUGACAUCCACUCUUCGCACACUGAUGCGAUCCACGAACGCGAACGAGCCGAUCGGUUGGAGCGUGAACUCCAUCAAGUCCGCGCUCAGCUGGAAAGUGAAGGAACCGCGCGUCGAAUCAAAGAGGAAAGGAAUGGGGAGCUUUUGAAGGAUCUUGAAACUCAACGUGCAGAGUUGGCUCAGGCAUUGAUGGAUGCGACGGACCGUACGCGUGUUUCGGAGGCGCUGAAACAGGAACUCGCACAAGUGAGACAUGAGUUUGAGGAUGUGAAAGCUUUGGAGGCUAGGAAUUCGGACAAGGUGGCCAACCUCCUCGUUGAACAAGCGAAUAAUUUGAGGAAUCUAGAGGAAGCACGGGCUAGAGGGGAAGAUUUGGAAGAACAGAUACGUGCGGCUAGGACGGAGUCGGAAGGGGUUAACGUCGCGUUGAAGGAAGCUAGCGAGGAAAAGGACCGGUUGUUGAAGGCUCAAGCGUCGGAACAUGACAGAGUUCUGAGGGAUCAUAUUGCGGAGGCCGACGGGGACCGGGCUGUGUUGGAACGACAGUUUUUCGAGUCCAAGGCGGCACAGGAACAUGUUGAGCGACAACUGAAGGAACUGAAAUCGGAGCUUGAGGUCGAGAGAGCAGAUGCUGUUGGGCUUCGAGAAGAGCUUCAGCGAGUUGAACAUGAACUCCGCGAGGCACGACAUGUAGAGAGGGUCCUCAGAGACGAUUUGAAGGCGGGGCGAUCCUCACAGGAGGCUUUCGAGAAUUACCUGGAGAACAGUAAUCGACUGCUUGCUCAAGUUCUUGAUGCGGCGAUUGCGUUUCGAACUUCGCACCUUAAGGCUCUACGCACCGCACAAGCUAUCGCUUCCCACCCGACUUCUCGACAGUCUGUCACUGCAUCUAUUGUCAUGGAUCCGAUAACAACAUCAGGAGUAUUUUCUCCGGAGAUGCGCCAUAAUAUCAUCGGCCAUCCUGAAACCGAGGAACCUUCACCUAUCGAUCCAUCUGACCCUGCCGGGGCCUUGGAGGUACUUCGAGCGUUUGAUCAUGAUCAUUUCCAAGAAGCCAUAGCAAAGACUGGAUCAACUGUUCGAAAAUGGCAAAAACAGUGUAAGGAGUAUCGGGAGCGUGCGAAAGGAAAGAUAUCGUUCAGGAAUUUUGCAAAAGGAGAUCUGGCAUUGUUCCUCCCAACGCGGAACUCGGUGAGUAAACCGUGGGCCGCUUUCAAUGUUUCCUUUCCCCACUACUUCCUCCAAGCUACUGGUCAUUUAGCGGACCAACUGAAGACACGGGAGUGGAUCGUUGCUAGGAUUACUUCGAUCACUGAAAGAAUUGUCGACAGGAAUGAUCCAACGAGUAACCCAUAUGGGCUUGGUGAUGGCGUCAAGUAUUACAUGCUUGAGGUCGAAGACUGGACGAAAUCAACGUCCCAUGGAGGUGCUCAUCCCAAGCAACAACAGCGAAAGGGUUCGCCAUUCCGCCAGCUAGUCACAUCAUCCGAAACCGAAGAAGAGAAGGAGGUAAAAAACCCGAAAGACAACGAGAAGCAGACGAUGAGCAGUCCGGGCACUAUCGAUACAGUCCCACCGCCCCCAGCGGCGGAGAGAGAAGAAACCUUUUUUGAAGUUACGCACCCCCCAAAUUCGCACUUAUUUCCUUCUAGGACGCGAACACGAACGAGGUCAAAUUCGACACCUCAAAGUGCGAGUGCGAGGCCGUCGUCGCUCUCGAGGCUUCUUGCUCAGGCCGAUCCAGACACAGAGACGACAUCCCCGGAACCUUUGACGUCUACACCUGUACUGCUGCCGGCGUCGUCGACAUCUGCUCCGGAACGGAGUGGGCUUGGUGAAAUGCCAGUGGCAACAACAUCGGUUGAUGAGAAGGCUGCAUCACCUUCACGAUCUGAUGAUACGACACCACCCACAACUAUUCAGAUUCUCGCAGACGUUGCCACUGCACCCAAUAAAUCCUUCAUGCCCCCACCACGUGAUUCUUCCUCAGCUUCUUCGCCUGCCAGUUCACCCGCGAACGCGAAUAUGUCUUUCCCUCUCUCCUCUUCACCUUUACCCUUGUCUUCACCUUUGCCUUUGCACCAUGUCAAUACCAUCCCGAUGCCUGGGACCGGGGGCUCUGGAAACCCAACCGCCACCACAUCUACACCCACAGCCCAACACGCAUCCCCACAUCGUCCUGGUUCGAGGGCAUCUAGGUUAUCCACCACUUCUGGGUCUACAGCUACAGCAACGACAGCGAAUGUUAAAUUCCGAUUGGGUAGUUUAGCGGGUCCGGGGGGGAGUUCACCUAUACCUACCAAAGCUUCUGCUACGACUGCUUUGGCUGGAAUGGCGUCUCCAGAAAUGAUGUUAGCUCAGAGUCCGUCCUCGGGGGAGAAUGCCUUAGGAGGGACGACGCCGUCACCGGAAGGUUCAAUAUCAGAUGGGAUGACGAAUCUUUUAAGAAGUGCUUCAACGAGGCGGAGAACGAGUUCGUAUCAUACACAAAGGAAAUCGCCAUUGGUACCUGCCGAGAGUUCGGUUGUUGGUGGGAGUACGAGUACGGCGAAACGAAAUUCGACUUAUGCUUCUUCUCCCAAAUCCAAAUCCAAAUCCACUAUUCCCUCCACGGCUGCUUCUCAGGAUUUGGAUUCUCUAAUAGACACUAAACCCUCUCUCUCUACCGGCACCGCAAGUGGGAUGGGUAUGCUUUCAGGAUUCAGAUUCGCGUCAGGGAGUUGGGGUGUCUCGUUUGGGAGGAAGAAGGCGGAGAGUGAGACGAUUAAUCGACCUGAAGGGAGUCAGGAAGCUCGAGGUGAAGGUGGAGGGGGUGAUGAGGAUCUCGCCCCUCGUCAUGAUAGUUCGAGUUCUACUCCGAGGUCUGCUGCGAGACAGUUGUUGAGACAGUUUUAGGCUUUCGGAUUUUAGUAUCUUGAUUCUAGUGUUAGAGGUGAUUGAAUCCUUUAAAUGUCUGCUGAUACUACAGCAAUCUAUGACUUAAAUUAGGUACAUACUCACGUCGUAUUUCCCCCCCUUCCUCCUCUCAAAUGGAUAUUUCUGUUUCGAAUUUCACGUUUGUGAUAUACAUGCGUCUAUCGCUCGCAUGUUUCACAGUAUGCCGUCCUUGAUAAGAAGGCUCUUAAUCGAUCAUCUCAUUAUACCCACCCCGUCGUCAGUUCUAGGAUGCCCAGCCCGAGAUAUACAGCUGUCGCGGACUUCGACUCGGGUCCCCGAAGGUCUGGAACAGAAGCGGCGCCCUUUCAACCCAACGGGAAAAUGGAUGAAAUGCGAUAGGAUACGGGGAGGAUUGGGAGGAAAUUGAGAGGUUGGAGUACAGUUGAGAGGCUGUCUGCAAAGUUCACACGGCAAUUUUCCACGUUCGUGGUCCCACAAUUAAUCUGCAAUCCCCAACCCCACAGUCCCCAGUUUGGGGCUCAAUAGGAAGAGAACGAGCUUCCGAAGAAGGUUCGAAAGUCGGAGAUAUGAAGAUAUGAGAAUUCGACUGGGGUUGCUGCCCUGUACCUCUCACUUCACGACCGGAAAAUUGUUUUAGCGCUCUUUUUGGAUCUCCAUCCUGUUC